CCAGAGUAAAGUAGAAUAAGUUCGUCCAAACUAUUAUCCGAAGUCACGUGAUUUAUAAAAUUUAGGGCCGGCACUGUAAAGGAAUUUUUUUUUAAUUAUCCGUUUUAUCCGGAUUAACACAAAAUCGGAUAUUCUACUGAACGGACUCUAAAAUUUCGCUCAUUUUUUACCGUAUAUCAAUUUAAUAAUAUUAAUUGAAUUUGUAAUUGAAAAAUUUUUCAUUAUGUCCAAUAUUCGAUAUGAAUUAGUUUAUACAGCGGGUAUGAAAGCAUUUACGUCAACUGAUUAUAAUAUUCACAAUGACAUACACAAACAAUAUAAAUUUUAUGAACAAACACUUUUAUCUGAUAAAUCUCUUACGGAAGAUGAAAAAACUGAAGCGAUAAAAAUAUUAUAUAAAUUUUAUGAUCGAGAUAAAAUUAUAUAUAAUUCAGGAACAAAAAGAAUAUGUGAAAAUUGUAAUCAAGAAUGUUUGGCUACAUCAUAUUGUGAAUAUUGUGUUCGAAAUUAUUUAAAAAAAAAAUUUUCAAAUUGGACAUCUGAAAAUAAUGAUAUUGAUAAUUUAAUACAAAAAUGUCAAAUGGAAACUUUCAUACCAAGUAAAAUAAUUGAAUGGAUUCCAUAUAAUAAUUUAAAAGAUAUUAAAUAUCUUACAAAAGGUGGAUUCUCCGAAAUUUAUACUGCAAUUUGGAUUGAUGGAAAAUAUGAAGAAUGGGAUUCUAAAAAACAACAAUUAAUAAGAUUUGGAACUCAUAAGGUUAUACUUAAGAGAUUAGAAAAUGUUAAAUGUGCAAAUCGAAAUUGGUUUGAAGAGGCUAAAUCACACUUAACUAUAAGCAAUAAAUGGGAAGAUAUUGUUCGAUGUUACGGUUUAACACAAGAUCUAUUAAAUGGAAAUUAUAUGCUUGUAAUGAGAAAAAUGGAUUUUGAUUUGAGAAAAUAUUUACAACAAAAUCACAAUCAGCUUACAUGGAAAGAAAGGAUUAAAAUUAUUUAUGAAAUAAUUAAUGCAAUUUAUAAAAUUUUUAAAGAAAAUGCAAUUCAUAGAGAUUUACAUUCUGGAAAUAUAUUAUAUUCACAAUUCAAUGAUUAUUGGUAUAUUAGUGAUCUUGGAUUCUGUGGACCCGCCGAUAAAUCGUCAAAGAGUAUAUAUGGGAAUCUUCCUUAUAUAGCACCUGAAAUAAUCGCUGGAAACGAAUAUACUUUUGCAUCUGAUAUAUAUAGUAUUGCAAUGCUUAUGUGGGAAAUUUCAUCCGGACAACCACCAUUUAUAGAUCAUGAACAUGAUUAUAACCUUGCAAUGAAGAUUAUUAACGGUAUGAGACCAAAAAUUGUAUCAGCAACUCCUUUAGAAUAUAAGAUAUUAAUGAAACAAUGUUGGAAUGCCGAUCCAUUAAAAAGACCUAAUAUAAAGACGCUCAAGAAGCAGAUAAGAGAAAUUCAUUUAUCAUUUCAAAAUAUGCAAAAUGAAUUAUUACAACCAAAGAUAAAUAAAAUUAAUGGUUUAGAAACAAAUUAUAUAAAUGAUAGGUCGUCUUCAAGUGGUAUUUAUAAAUUUGAAAAUUUGCCUGAACCAAGGAAUGCAACAGAAGAAGAACAAGAAGGAUAUUAUAGUAAAUCAUAUGAUUUUACUAUUCCUGAUAAUAUUGAUGAUUUUGAUAAAUUGAAUACUCAAAAUGGUGAUAUUUCUAUUAAAGUUAAUAGCAAAAGAUUAUCCCAAAUAUUUGAAACGUCACAAGUAAAUCUAAAUUAUGAUGUACGAGAUUAUUAUAAAAAAGAAGCAAUACGACAGCAAAUGAAAGGAACGAUGAUUAAUAUUAAUGAUGAGAAUGAAAUACAUAAUAAUCCAAACCUUCAUUCGGAAGAACAAAAUAAAUUGGAAAUUCCUUAUGAAUUAUGAUAAAUUGUAUCAUAAAUUGACUUAUUAAUAUAAAUAGUUUUUAUUAAUUACUUAAAUCUUUAUCUUGAGUUGUAACCUUCCUUUAAGUCAGGUUAAGUUUUAACAUACAAAAUUGAAUUAUAAUUUACGUUUACUCAGAAACUUUGGCCUUAUUAAUAUCAGAAAACCGUCCUGAUAUUAUCCAUUCGGAUUUUAGGCUGUUUUUCUUAGUAUAUUAUGAUGUAUUUAUCUCUAACUGUAUUCUGGCUAUAUUUGCCUGGAAUUUAUUAAUAAUUUUAGAAAAGUGGGAUAACAUAUUUAGUUACUUAAUGUAUUAU